AUGCAACUUUAUGCAUUGGAUCCUGUUGUUGACUUUACUAUACAUAAUAUUUCAUUAUUACCAUCUGAUCAAUGUGCAACUGAAGAUCAACGAGCUGCCAAAUGUUGUUGUGGUACAGGUUUUAUAUUUGAUUUUACAAAAAAAAAAUGUAUUAUAUCAGAAAAUGUGUCUUUUAUGUUUGGUGAAUUAAAUAAUAGUUGGAGUCAUUUAGUAAUUUAUGGAUUUGUUUAUCCAAUGCUAGUUGUAACUAUGAUAGCUCCAUUAGCUGCUGUAAUGCUUGGGAUGGGAAAACGUGAAAAAAAAGAAGGUGAUAAAAGAUUUCCAAAUCCUUUAUAUCAAAUGAUUUGGUUAUUAUCUUUUUGUGGAUGGGUUAGUUUACUUGCACCUUUACCAUUUAGUUUAUGGUAUUAUAUUAUUGGUGAUGGAAUAAGAUCUCCAAAUCAGUCAAUAUUUAUGUGUCAUUUAUAUAGAUAUACAAUGCAAUCUAUUCCACAUACAGUUGAUACAAUGAUGGUUUUAUUUAGUAUGUUACUUACAGCAGCAAGAUUUUUAACACAAUAUCAUAGAAAUAAUUUAAAAUUAAGAACUGUUGAACGUUUUGCUAGAAUUAUAUGGACAAUUAUAUUUUGUGGUAUUAUGAUUGGAAUUUUACAUCAUUUAGAACAUGAUGUAGCUGUAUAUCCUUUUUGUUUAGAUGCUGAAGAAGGUCCUACAUGGGUUCAUAGAUGUAUGAUUAGAGAUGGUUCUUUAUACAAUUUUAUGGGACGUCGAUUUUGGAAAAUUACUUUACCAUUUGCUGUUUUGAUGUUACAAUUUAUAAUUCCUGGUAUUAUGCUUUUAUUAAUACAUCUUGGAUUUGCUCGUGAACCUGUAAUUGAUUCCUCACAUUGUCAUAAUAGAUUUGGUAGAACACCAAGAGACCAAACAAAAAUUUUAAUAACAACAGUAACAAUAAGUUUUGCAUUAGCACAAAUACCAACAUUUAUUGUUAGUCUUUUUUCAUUGUGGGUGAAUCAGGGAAUUUCUGAAAGUAAAUUAGUUAUAUUUUUGGGUCGAUUAAUUGGUCAUCUUCAACCAACAUUUGGUGCAGUAACAAUUGUUGCUAAUCUUGGAGCAUUAUUAACUGCUUAUUAUAUAAUUGUUAAGGAUGAAGAUGAUGAUGUAGGAGAUUCUGAAGCAGAUUUUAGUUCAUGUGAUAGUACAGAAGAAAAAUUAUUAAGAUUAAAUCAAAAUAGGAGGAGCACAAAAUGUUAUUUAACAGUUUCACAUAGCUUUGAUACAUCUUCAAUGCAAAGUUCAUCUAGACGUGGUUCUGCAAUGCCUGAAGAUUAUAUUCUUACAAUUGGUAGUGGAACAUCCUCUUCAUUAAGACCAACACCAAUAUUACUAUGA